AUGCCGUGCGACCCUCAAGCAUUUGCUCAAUUUUUCUCAGCCUUCAAAACCUUCUAUAUGCAGUGUAGGCCAGGUGUGAGGGCGCUCCGAGCUCCUCCACCUGCAUCACAGUAUUACAUACCUGACACCCUCCCCAGUAAUCAGGAGCGCCCCAGCACCUCAGCUUCUGGUUCAGGCUCUGCCCCACCAAUAAUCACCUCUGUUACCCGCCCCCUAACCCGCUCCCAGUCUUCUUGCUCCCUUAUGUCUAAAUUGGGUCCUUCGGGCGGUACGGCGCCUCCCAAGGGGCCAUCUGGUAAUAACCCUCAGCAGGCCAUAGAUGUGCCCAGUAUUUUUCAGGAAUCACCACCACUGCCUGCAACAACGGAUGGGAAUUCUGCUUCCUCUUCCAAUGAUGAUCAACAGAGACAUCAGGACGUGCCUGCAGUUGCUGCACAGUCCACAGUUACCGGUGAGGAACAGGGUGGAAAAAGAAAAGCCAAAAAGAAGCACACGUCGAAGAAAAGCAAGAAAAGCAAGACAUCAGACUCCGAGGAUUAG